UGAUUCAAUCGAAUCUUUUGCUGCCACGAACCCCAAGAACCGCAUCGUUCCUGUUCGAAGCUUUGGUCGCCGUUGCAUUGUUGCCAUUGCCAAUGGCCACUGCCAAAGGAUUGUAUACUUCUGCGUUUGUGCGAUAAAUCAACACGUUUCCAAUGUCUUCCUCUUCUUCUGAUGACGAUGCUAAUUUCCUGCGUUUGCACGCAAAAUCAAUAGCGGAAGCUCUCCAGCAACGAGAUGCUGCUGAACAAGCUCUUUCCAAUGCUACCGGUGCUACAACUACCAAGUCCCAACGAGAACAACUGAUACACGACACUUAUAUUGCAUUAUGCUACGACGAUCCUCGUGUUGAGUCUGAUUUGGGCUGUCAAUAUCUUGCCAUGGCAAUGGUGGAUCCAAAAUCACCCUAUGCUCUUUCGGGUCCUCUGGUGGAGGGUAUCCGGCAACUCUGUGCCAAACAGCAAGAAAACUCAGGUGCCGCCGUUUCCAGCACCCAAGAAUCGUCAUUGUCUUCUCCAGCCAGUGCGGGAUCCAAUACCGCCAAAGGAUCCGCCAUGCUGGCCUGGGCCAUUGGUGUUCGGAUACCUCUGCUCUGUUGCCAGGCAUCGGAUCUUUCGCAGGUUGACUCUCUUUUGGGAUCCUACCGACCUUCACCUCCACCCAAUCCACUGACAACCAAUGACACCAACAACAAUGACCAGCAUAAUUUAUCCCACGCAAUCCAGAACAGUUCCAAACAAAAAUUGGGGGAAGAAGCUGACCGAUUGGCAGCCAUGCUAAGUCAACCUCUAGAGGAGGAUAAUAAUGCUACCAACGGUAACAAUAACAUUGCCACCAAUGACGAAGAGGAAGAAGUGUGGGCUGCCGAAUCAGAUCCCUCUGAUUUCGAAUUCGAGUCUGGAUUCUCUUACGAACAACAAAUUGCAGAGGUCGAAGACUCCUUUGCCGAAUGGAUGAUUGACCGCACUGAUCCCAUCAAGCUGUCCACACCAUCCUCCAAGACUUCCUGGAAACAAGUCAGACAUGCCGUCAUGGAUUUGACCUCGCAACUCAAUUUCCGUCAAGUGGCUUCGUUGUGGACGAGUACCAAUAAUCUUCAGGGCCUCGUGGGGACUCGAGGUCCUUCGAAUAUUCUCACUCAAUUCACCCUGACGCUGUUGGUACCGCCAACCAUCACAACGAACAAACCUUCUGUAUUUGAUUCUCCAGACGACGAUGAAGAUGCUCUGCAACCACACCGUCAGUUGCAAGCCAUGGCGUGGCAUCCACUAUGGGUCAUGCGAGACGCUGCGGCUGCCAACACGACCAGUACAACCACACUCUCCGAAUACUUGACCAUGUUGCAGACAUUGAUUGCGAUUGACGCGGCCGCAGCCAAACCUCCGAGCGAAGGAAUGGCUCCUGCUACAUAUGUUGGCUUGGCAUCCUUGUCGGCACUUUGUCAGCAAUUCAUGACAGAGGCAUCGACGACGACGACAGGUCAGCAACAACUCGUGGAGCGAUUUCGAAUCUUGCGGCGCAGUGUUUGGGGAACCUGCGACGAUUUGGCGCAUGCCAUGGAACAGGAAGAAAAGAUUCGAAAGACAGCAGCAGCAUCGAGCCAAAAAUCGUCCGAAAAUUGGAUUGUGUGGACGCUGCUGCCGCUAUUUGAAGUCAUGACCAACCAAAAGUUGCAAACGGGAUCUACCAUUGUCGCCAAGGCCGAGUCAUUGGCACAGCAACAUCACAAUCAGCAACAAGCCAGUCAGCAAUGGUCUGCGGGGUUGCUUCAAACUGGUCUUUUGCGGCAUUGGCUGCUCAAGUGCCAGGAACUUGGACAACAACAGGAAGAAGAUGGUUCACCGUCUCUUCUUGUCCUCUUGCAAUUCGUGAGACGCUCGUUGCUGUUCAUGAUUGCUCAGUCCAUGACAUCUACAUCAGCACUUGGGAAGUACGCCUGGCGUUUCCCAAACUUUGGCUCGAUUGUUGAGAUUGGCAUGUCUUACUACGAGAAAUCAAAAAAGGACGAUCCAGAUGUCGACGCGAUCUUGUGGAACAUGCUGGCGAUGGAAUUGGCAGGAAACGUCGCUGCUUCGGCUCCCACAAUUCAAUGGAAGAACAAAGCGAGCACCGUCAAACCGUUGCCGUCCCGGCUGGACUGCCACAAAGCUGCUUCGGUCGGCUACCAGGACCUGUGCUGUGCCGUAGUGCGUGUUCUGGAACUUGCCUGUGAGGAGGAAAACAAGAAGGAAAAUCUCAACACGUCCUCGUCCGAGGAAAAGAAUACCACCCAACAAGAAGACAAACUCCAGCACCAAGUGAUCCUACGAUCCUUUCAACGAUUUGUCGAUUGUCUUGCAGCUUGUCCACUUCUGGCACGUUUGUUCGUGCAGGACUUGACAAGCGACAAGGACACUGAUACGAGUACAAGUACCAGUUGCCUGAAUGAUAUCCAAACGGCGCUUUCCCAAUACAAGGCUCCAUCCCCGGAUGACGCGACCGGACCCAAAGCCAAGGACGAAGAUGCUGCUGACGUCGAGGGUCAAGCCGUUCUAGAGAACACUCGAGCAGCUAAGGAGCAGGUCCAAAGUGCCAGCCUACAGGAAGAGAUUCAUCUGGUGCGCAAGGAUUUGAAGGUGCUUCGUUCCAUUUUAGCAACCAAGGCAUCAUCAUCGGGCACGACUUCGGCUGCAGGUUUUCUGGUCCCUCAAGAACUGACUUCGUCCUCCAAGACGGACUAGCCAGCUAGCUAGCCGCCUAGCUAGCCGCAUAAGGUGGGCUUUGCCACAUUACGUAGUACGAACGAUUGACUGAGCGUGGUGACCCCAAGGAUCGAAUCAUUUGUUGCUGGGGAGCUGGCUUUGCUGGGCAUCAGGACGUGAGGUGAGUGAGAAACUGAAAUAAAUAAAUAAAAAUAAAACCUAUCUGAACAUAGU